UCGGUUUUUUUCCACAGUUUGCUCACCCGUAUUUUGAACCGCUCACACUCGAACUCCGCAAAUAAGGAGCAGCGAAGUGUGGUAGUUAUCCGCUCAGAAGGAAAGAGAGAGAAUCCAAGCGGGAAAUGGCCAUUCCCGUUUUCUGGGAUUCAAUUUCUCGCUCUCACCCAUUUCUUCAUUCUUCACUUCCUAUUCUAUCAAACGAAAAUUCAAUUCCCAGGAAGAAUAAGUGGCUUUGUUUCUCUUCAACAUCACAGCUCGACCCUAUUCAGUCAGAGGUGUCUUUCUGUGUUGGAACUCACUUAAUCCCACAUCCUAACAAGAUUGAGAGAGGUGGCGAAGAUGCAUUUUUGGUGAGCAGCUAUAAUGGGGGAGUGAUUGCUGUGGCUGAUGGUGUCUCUGGUUGGGCCGAACAGAAUGUGGAUCCUUCUUUAUUCCCUCAAGAACUGAUGGCUAAUGCUUCAUAUCUCGUGGCGGAUGAGGAGGUCAACUAUGACCCCCAGAUUCUCUUAAGGAAAGCACACGCUGCUACUGCUUCUAUUGGUUCUGCUACUGUGAUUGUGGCCAUGCUGGAGAGAAGUGGAAAGCUAAAAAUAGCCAAUGUUGGAGAUUGCGGACUAAGGGUUAUCCGUGGAGGUCAGAUAAUUUUUUCCACACCAAUUCAAGAACAUUAUUUUGAUUGUCCCUACCAACUGAGCUCAGAAACGGUUGGCCAGACAUACAUUGAUGCCAUGGUUGGCAGUGUGCAAUUAACUGAGGGGGACACCAUUGUGAUGGGCUCAGAUGGUCUUUUUGACAAUGUAUUCGACGACGAGAUUGUUUCAAUAAUUGCCAGACAUAGUAAUGUAACCGAGGCUGCAAAGGCAUUAGCUAACUUAGCGAGCAUUCACUCAAUGGAUUCGGAAUUCGAAUCUCCAUAUGUAUUGGAAGCCAAAUCCAAGGGUAUUGAUGUUCCUUUGUGGAAGAAAAUUCUUGGGAUGAAGCUUACAGGUGGAAAGCUUGAUGAUAUUACUGUGGUCGUUGGCCAGGUUGUAAGGUCACAAGGAUUAGAAGGUGAAAAUAACAGUGAAGAAUGAUGAUAAUAAAAGGAAUGUUCUUUGCUAAAUUGCUUCUCCACUUUGAUAAGAUUGUACUCAUUGCAGAUGGACUUCAAAUAUAUCCAAAAUACGUUGAUUUAAUAAAUUACACGAAAUAUGUUAUAAAGUAACAUUUUAAAUUUAAUAAUUAGGAUUAUAGUGAGUUUAGAAUUGAACACAAGUUGUCGGUGGAGCUCUUGGACCUUGAAUAUGUAUAUAUUUCUAAUCCCACGUCGAGUAAACGUAACUUGUUGAAAGUUUUAUAUGGACCUUUCUUUCAAUCAGCAAGAGCAUAUAAAAUUUAUGAA